CACAGACUGUAGAAAGAGGAGACAACACUUGAGCAGAUGCCUCACUCUCAGACUCAAUGGCUUCCAGAUCAGAGGAGGAUCUCUGCUGUCCGGUCUGUAAAGACAUCUUCAGGCAUCCUGUGGUUCUGGCCUGUAGCCACAGCUUCUGUAAAGUCUGUCUGCAGAGCUGGUGGAGAGAGAAACCAACACGGGAGUGUCCGGUUUGUAAGACCAUCUCCACAGACAGAAACCCUCCGAUGAGCCUGGUGUUAAAGAACCUGUGUGAGGCCUUCUUACUGGAGAGAGAACAGAGAGAUGCAGAGGAUCUCUGCCAUCUGCACGCUGAGAAACUCAAACUCUUCUGCCUGGACCAUCAGGAGCUGGUGUGUGUCGUCUGCAGAGAUUCAGAAAAGCACACCAACCACAGAUUUAAACCCACCGAUGAAGCUGUGCAUGCAUCAAGGAAGACGCUUCAGGAGGCUCUGCAGCCCUUAAAGGAGAAGGUGAAGAGUCUGAAGAAAGUUAAAGAAAUGUUUGAAUGGUUUGAAAAUCGUGUCAAGUCUCAGGCCCAACGCACAGAGGCACAGAUUAAGCAUCAGUUUAGGAAGCUUCAUGAGUUUCUAGCAGAGGAAGAGGAGGCCAGACUGUGUGUAUUGAGGGAGGAAGAGGAGCAGAAGAGUCGGAGGCUAAAGGAGCAGGUGGAGGCUCUGAGGGCACAGAUAGCUGAUCUUUCACAGUCAGAGCCGCGGAGGAUGAGCUGA